GAUAUGUCUGUGAGAGGGAAUUCAAGCUAAGCGCCGUCACAUUAUUUCUUGUACCCCAAAAAUCUCUCUUUAGAUUCCAAACGUGCUUGCUGUAAUAAAAACCUUUAAAAUCCCGGCAAACACUCUUCUUAAUUUGCCCACACCACUACUACUACUCUUUCCCUCUCUCUCUCUCUCUCUCUCUCUCUCUCUCUUCCUUCCUUCUUCCCAUCCGCAGCAUACCAGAUUCUCAAUGCGAUUUGUUCCUUGCUUAUUCAGGCCAAUAUUUUCUUUCUACCCAUAAAAAAUCUUUUACUUGUUUUAGUUUGGAGGCCUUUCUUUGUCGCUUAAUUACCCAUUUCACUGGCUUAGGCAAAGUUCCUAUCUUCCGAUUUGUUUCAUUUUUGGCAUCUCGGUGUCAGCAACUUUGCGAGCCAUGAUGAGGCAUUUGUGGCUUUUGGCAACAUUAGGACUUGUUCUCGUGAAGUGGGUACAUGGGUUUGUGGGAAUUAAUGAGACAGAGCUGUCUUACAUUGAGACUUAUAGCUACCAAGGAUUCAAAGCUGUUAGGAAUCCGUUGAUGGUAGGUCUCACCCUCAUUCCAAGUGCUGGCGCUAAAGGAGCAGUUUGCUUAGAUGGAACAUUGCCUGGAUACCAUUUGCAUCGUGGAUAUGGUUCAGGAGCAAAUAGUUGGCUCAUUCAGUUGGAGGGAGGAGGAUGGUGUAAUAACAUUAGAACUUGUGUCUACCGUAAAAAGACCCGACGCGGAUCAUCGACAUACAUGGAAAAGCAGAUUCCAUUCACAGGAAUACUGAGCGAGAAGGCUGAAGAAAAUCCUGAUUUUUUCAACUGGAAUAGAGUAAAGCUUCGUUAUUGUGAUGGUGCCUCUUUCACUGGGGAUGGUGAAGAUAAGGCUGCGCAACUCCAAUUUAGAGGACAACGCAUAUGGCUAGCUGCAAUGGAAGAUUUAAUGGCAAAAGGGAUGCGCUUUGCCAACCAGGCCCUUCUCUCUGGGUGCUCCGCUGGGGGUCUAGCAUCAAUUUUACAUUGCGAUGAGUUCAGGGGCUUGUUGCCAAGAAGAACUAAAGUGAAGUGCCUGAGUGAUGCUGGUUUAUUCCUUGAUGCGAUUGAUGUCUCUGGUGGCCGCACCCUUAGGAAUAUGUACAGUGGUGUGGUUCACUUGCAGAGGGUUCAAAACAAUCUGCCACGUUUAUGUACUAAUCACCUUGAUCCUACUUCGUGCUUCUUUCCUCAGAACUUAAUUGGCAACGUUCAAACCCCAUUAUUUAUUCUCAAUGCAGCCUAUGAUUCAUGGCAGAUACAAUCCAGUAUAGCUCCCCCAUCGGCAGAUCCACAUGGAUUUUGGCAUGAUUGCAGAUUGAAUCAUGCUAAAUGUACUUCAUCACAAAUCCAAUACCUGCAAGGGUUCAGGAAUCAAAUGUUGAAUGCAAUAAAAGGCUUCUCAAUGUCUAGGCAGAAUGGGUUAUUUAUAAACUCGUGUUUCGCUCAUUGCCAAACAGAGAGGCAGGAUACGUGGUUUGCUGAUGAUUCUCCUGUUAUUGGUAACAAGGCUGUUGCAAUAGCUGUUGGAGACUGGUAUUUUGACCGAGCCGGUGUUAAGGCAGUUGAUUGUGCUUACCCAUGCGAUAAAAGUUGUCACAAUCUGGUUUUCAAAUGAGCUAGUUUCUACCUACUCGCUCAUUUUUCGUUGUCAUCGUACAUUAGUGAAUUACGUAUUCUCAUCCAUUAUUGGAAAGAAUACUCUGCUAUUCAAUGAAAAUUGAUAGAAGACAAUAAAAGUGAAGGCUGCUGAGAUGCAAAUGGGAUCUGCAAGCCUUUUGCAUUCCUAUACCGCACGAAAUUGUUGUCAUUCUUAUAAAUGCAGGUUUUUUCUCCCAUCAUGCAUGCUCUUUGUUUUGAUUGUCAAACAUUCUCAUUAUACCAACCUCAAUCUCAGGAAAUCUCAUUCUGUGUUGUUCA